AAGUUUCGCCCUUAUGACGAGGAAAUUCACGAGCUGGAUAAAGAAGACCGACGAGAAGAGGAGUCUGGUGGCAAGCUGCUGCAUCUGGUAACACGGAGCACUCUGCAGCCGGACUCUGAGAGACCGUCAGUGGCUUCAGAAGCCACACAGGCAGACAACGACCUGAAAGGAGAGUCUUACAGCUCGUACGGCCAGGGACGGGAGUCUUCGAACUGGGCGAAGGAGCCUGAUCAGGCUCCUUCGACGGUGCCGAUAAACGUUUAUGGACCAGGAAACCGCCAUACUUUGUUCUACAGACCACCAGUUCAUCUCCACGACGCACCUCUCAAAGUUAAGGACGAUGCAGAGACCAAGUCAAAAGCACAUCCGAACCUCUCACUCUAUGGCGAUUAUAAGCCUGUAUAUGUGAAUUUCAACCAUUAUCUCGUUUCACCGGGAUAUGGAUCUUAUCCGGCCAGCACGGAGCGUGGAAAAGAGCCACUAAUUACGACUAAACCUGAGUAUGCUUCACAACUACCACACCUUUUCAAACAGGCGUCGAAUGCGUCCAAUAAAGGUGUGCUAAAUAAUAUAGCACCGCCUCAUUCAUACUUGGCUACAGACGGUCAAGACGGUGCAGCUGGUUCUGUGCCAACGAAUAGGCACGGCCCUCUCAGGAUCAACAACGGCAAGCCUGUAAGAAUCACGCCUGUACGGAACUACAUUGCACCGCCCGUGACCAACCAUCAAAGAAGGUCACUGACUGGGGAUGAAGCAGCCCCAGCCAUUCACCAAAAGCAUAAGCGAUUUCCUCCCCCUGAGUCCAUCUCCGUGCUUCCCUUCGCCGCCGCCAGUCAUCCUUCGACCACCUCACCGCCUCCCACAGAGCCCCUCACCUCUCCGGGCGCUAACCGGACGGCCAGCAGCAUCAUGGAGCUGCUGCAGAGCUCCAACGCCUCCACCCUGAUCCAGCUGCUGCGGCUGGCGGAGCUGGACACCCUGCUGGCUGACACAGGGCCGUACACAUUAUUUGCUCCCACCAACGAGGCUAUGGAUGAGCUGGUGAAGCGACUUGGAGGACCACAGCAGAUGUUAGAAAAAAUGGGCAAACCCAAUCUUGUCAAGCUGCUGCUGUACCACGUGAUGCGUGGGUUCACCCUGGAGGAGGACCUCAGGGAUGACGUGCUGGGUCGGACACUGGCCGGCGGACGGCUGAGGAUCAAUCAGCACCGCGUGGCCAGCUCCAGCACCAGCUCCAGCACCAGCUCCAGCAGCGGCCGGCGGCGCCUCGUCACCACUGUGAACGGGGCGCGCCUGGUGUCCGGGCCGCGGCUGGCAGAGAACGGCGCCCUGUUCUCGGUGUCGGCCGUGCUGGCGCCGCCGCAGCCGGGCGUGCUGGCCGCGCUCAACGCCGACCCGCUCGGCAGGUUCACCGUGCUGCUGCAGACGCUGCGACUGGCCGGACUGCACGACCAGCUCCAGCAUGACGAAGCGGGCCCGGUAACUCUGUUUGCCCCGACAAACGCCGCGUUCGCGACCGUCCCGGAGCGGCAGCUGCGGCGGCUGCUCGGCGACCGGCGGCGGCUGAGGCGCCUCCUGCUCGGCCACCUGGCCACCGGCUGCCUGUACUCGGCCCGGCUGACCGACUCCGGUCCGGUCAACACCCUGGCCGGGUCGCAGGUCACCGUCAGCGGCAGUCCAGAGCAUCUGACGGUGGACGGCAUCAGCGUCCUGCUGCCGGACAUCUCCACCGAGAACGGCGUCAUCCACGCCAUCGGCGGCGUCAUCGGGCGGCAUCGGACGUCAUCAGAGACGUCAUCAGGGGCGUCAUCAGGGAUGUCGUCAGACACAUCAUCAGAGACGUCAUCAGAGACGUCAUCAGAGACGUCAUCAGAGACGUCAUCAGAGACGUCAUCAGUGACGUCAUCAAGGGCGUUAUCAGGGAGGGCUGCGUGA